CUAGCUGGGACGUCGGAGUGACUUGUGGCCUCGCCGGGAGCCCUGUGAUCUGGCUCCUCUGAUCUCGCCCUGCAAUGGUGCCUUUGCCUCGGCUGUGCGCGCUCUGGGGCUGCUUGUUGACAGCGGUACAUCUAGGACAGUGUCUUACGUGCAGUGACAAACAGUACCUCUACAAUGGCCAGUGCUGUGAUUUGUGCCAGCCGGGAACGAGACUGACUAGCCACUGCACAGCUCUUGAGAAGACCCAAUGCCAAGCGUGCGGCACAGGCGAAUUCUUAGCCCAUUGGAACACGGAGAUCCGCUGUCACCAGCAUAGACACUGUGAACCCAAUCAAGGGCUUCAGAUUAAGAAGGAGGGCACCACAGAUUCGGACACUGUUUGUGCUUGUAAGGAAGGUCAGCACUGUACCAGCAAGGAGUGUGAGACAUGUGUUCAGCACACGCCCUGUGGCCCUGGCUUUGGAGUUGUGGAGAUGGCCACUGAGACCACCGACACCGUCUGUCAGCCGUGCCCAGACGGCUUCUUCUCCAGUGAGUCAUCACUUUCUGAAAAGUGUCGUCCUUGGACAAGGUGUGAGGAUAAGAAUCUGGUGGUCCUACGGGAAGGAACGAGUCAGAAUGAUACUGUCUGUGGUUUCCAGUUCCGGAUGCGAGCCCUGCUGGUCAUUCCUGUCGUGGUGGUCAUCCUCAUCAUCAUUUUUGUGGUGUUUCUCUAUAUCAAAAAGGCGGCCAAGAAACCAAAGGAUAAUGAGGCCUUUCCCCCUGAGGCUCAACGGCAAGAUCCUGUGGAGAUAGAAGAUUAUCCCGGUCACAACACUGCUGCACCAGUGCAGGAGACGCUGCAUGGGUGUCAGCCUGUUGCACAGGAGGACGGUAAAGAGAGUCGCAUUUCGGUGCAGGAGCGGCAGGUGACAGGCAGCAUAGCCUUGAGGCCCCUGGUCUGAGCCUUGGAACUGCUUUGGAGGCGACUGCUCGCCCGGCUCUGCUGACUGCUGGACUGCUAACGUUUGAAGCUUGAGAGGAGUCAAGACAGAGCCCGGGUCAGCUAACUCUCAUGCCUGCGCCCCUGUCAUCUCUCGACUUGCUUUUGAAAGAUGGCGGAAAAGCUCAGGCGUCGGGGGUCCGCAGUAGUAUCUACAGAGUGCAGCAGUACGGGACCCAGAGACGUCUUGCUGUGACUUUUACUGGACGGAGCCUUGGCCACAGGAGUCCAUGGCUUGUGGCUGAUGCUGCUAGAAGGCACCUGAUUCCCAUCAGCGGGGGACUGGCUAAAUAAAUCUGUGAUUAUUUAUACAA